CGAGCCGCUCAAAGAAACCGGUGGACGCGGACCUCUCACGGACGCCGGUUCGGUCAGUGCGAUGCCAACUGUGUUAGCGUUCGCGUUACACGAUGACGACCGUCGUCAAUCCUCAUUUGCCCCCGUGGUCCGUGGUUACUGUGGUUUCGAUCGUCGCGAUCGUUGUCUCGUUGGCGCCGGCGUCGCUGAGUUCGGUGCAGCAGUCCAGCAGCGGCAACGGGCUAUGGGACGAUCUGGUGGGUAAGUGCGACGGCCCCAGGAACACGAUGGACUGCGUGCGCAGCCGGCUGUACAAUUACGUCGACCACACGUUCGAAUCCGACUUUAACAUCACCGACGGGCUGACAUUUACGAAGAACAACAACGACUACGAGUCCAUGUGCCCCCCCGGCAACAACGAGACCACGACCACGUCCUACCGGGAAGCCCGAGCUCCCGAAAUGGAAGAAGAAGCAGUGGCCGAUGACGGCUGGACCGACGUCACGGAUCAGCUGUACAAAAAGGGCGCCAAAUACUUGGCGACCCACGACUUUGAGGCCACCGUACCGAGUUUUUUGGGAGGUGGACCCGGCGCUAAGGUUCGCCUGUCGCCCAAAAAAAUCCUGCCCGAUGGCGGUAUAAUUCUGCGGAUGGACGUGUUGCCGGCUGCAAGAGACGCCCGAUCGCCAAGGUUCAUGCACAAGAUGAUAAAGCAACUGUUCAAAAAGAAACUCAUGUCCAGCGGGAUGGCUCUGAUGUUGAUCAUCAAACUGAUCAAGAUCAAGGUGCUGUUCCUGUUGCCGCUGUUGAUCGGAGCGGGCGCCGCCAAGAAGAUUCUGCUCAAGGUCCUGCUGUUCGUGUUCCCGCCGUUGGCCCAUUUGUUCAAGCUCUGUUCGUACUACCACCACCACGCGUCCAAGUUCUAUCACUUCCACCACCACAAGGUGAAGCACCACCACCACCAUCUCAAGGUCCCUGUACCGGUACCUGUGCCUAUCAAACCACCGCCGAGCUACCACGGCGAUUACUACCCUGCGGGCCCCGCGUUGGACCAUCCACCGCCGGGACCAUACGAUUCUCCCGAGUUGGGCGGCAGUGACUAUUACAACCGCAACAGUUUGGAAAUGAACAACGUCGUGUCGGACCACGCGGACGAGCUGGCCAGUUGGGGUUUGGGCGAGUACGGGGAAGGCACGUCACAGUACGACGCCCCCAAGUACGAGUACUCGGCAUCGCCCGCGCAGUACGAACCGCUCAACAAGUACGGCGGCGACGGCGGUGGAGGUCCUCCACCAUCGCCGUACGCUGAGAAGUACGUCAAGAGGGUGGACAGCAGCAAUCCCGCCUUGGUCAGACCGCCGCCCGCGCCGCAACAGGUGGCGACGCACGACCCGACGUACACUCCAGUCGUUCAGAAAUUGGACGAGAUAUUCCAUGAAUUGGCCGUGCACGAGGAACCAUGCAAAGAGAAAUUGGUGUGCAAGAUGUACGGCGACCCCGGCAGAUUCAGUCCGCACAGCAACCUGGUGUCCGCGCAGUUGAGCAGCGAGACGGCUGCGAGUUCCGGCGGAAGAACGGGCGUCAGUCUGGACGCCACGAGACUGUGGCGUUACGUACAAGCGGCCAAGGAAGGCCAAAACGGCGAAGACUGUCGCAUCCUCUAUCAGACGUGCACCAUGAUCGGACUAUGAUGAUGACGACUGACGACGAGUGACUCACCGAAUAAAAAAUUACGAUUUUUGACAUUAAUCAAAAAAAACAAAAAAACAAAAAUUUGAAAAAAUGAAAAUGUUCUACUCGGCCCGCCGCCGCCCGGUACACGAGUACCUACAACAGUUCACACGGUUUCAGUAAUUAAGGCGUUACAAUAUUAUUAUUCAUCGAUAUUGAAUCACUAAUUAAUUUUUUUUUUUAAAUACCUUCAUCGCUUACGAGACACGCGCAACAUAUACGUUUAGGUAUAGAAUAAAGUAAUAUAAUACUAAUAUAUUAUACACACACAUCUAGUCACCUCAAUCCGUAGAUAUAGGGCAGCGGUCAUAGACAUACCUAAUCAGAAAAUAAUAAUGUUAUAAAGUCCACCGAUCAUCGGUCAUUAUGUGUAUCAUAAUAUUUUAUACAUAUAAAGGUAUACAACCGUUGAAAUUCGAAUAACAAUUAAUAAGUAUAGGUACGUCUCACGUUGUUACGAUAUAAGUAAAGGUACCUACACAACAAUAAAUUUACCACGACAUUAUGAUAUUAUUAAUAUUAUGAUGUAAACAUAAAAUGUGGUAUCGAAGCGCAAUGCGCAAACUCUUGCUAUAAUCCUCUUUAACGAUGAUAUUUCUAUGUUAUCGUAGGGUAUAAAAAAAAAUUCUCGAUUCGUCCACUGUUAAAUAUCGCACAUGUUAUUUCAAUAGUUUUUAAAUGAAAUUUUAUUGCUGUAUAAUCCUUGGUAAAUCUCUGCACGCUGCUCUUUAUGCGCAAUGAUGUCUCCGCUCACAGGAGUCAAUUAUUAUUAUAUAUAGUACACUAACCGAUUUCAAACAUAAUAUUAUGUUUUAUUAUACGCCUUACAAUACCGUGUUAUCACUCUCAUUAUCCUUAUAAUAGUAUUGUAUUGUAUAGUUAUUUAUUUAUUUUUUUGUUUACCGCAGGGCGAACUGUAAGAUUUUUAGUACAGUGCAUUGCGCUACGGUUUUAGUAAAACACAUUGUUUAUUAUUUUAUUUAUUUAUUUAUCAACCUAUAUAAUAAUAAUAAUCAUAUUAUAUUAUAUACAAUUUUAUUUGACGUGCCCAUAAAUUUUGAAUAUUGUAUAAGUAAUUUAUUGAUUGAAAUAAUGUGAUAGUUUAGAGAUUAUAUGUCUUAGUACACCUAUUAAAAUGUACAUAGUAUUAUAUAAUAGGUAGUGAAUUAGGUGUACUUUAAAAUAUUAUUACCUAUAGAAAUUUAUUAUAGAAACUAUAUAAUAUCAUUAUACCUAUCACUGAUAUCAAUAUUCAAGAACUGUAUCUAUGUAUUUUUUUUUUCGCUGUUUAAAACCAAAUAUUAUAACUUUAUGAAUAAGUAAUAUUUAAUGUUAUAAUGGAUAUUUAUUAUUAUAUCAUCGAGCAAACGGUUUUCACUGUCACUUUAGAUGUUAAAAUAUAAGUAACAAUAGUGCAACUUACAACUACUGUGGUAGCUUAAAAACAUUAUGACGUGUUUUUAAUAUAUUUAUUCAAAAAGCGUAUAUUAUCUUAGAUACUGCAUUUAAUACUAUAUGUAUUAGUAUACGUCUUCAAAUUAUCGUACCUGUAUCACAAAAACAUCGACACAGAUAGAAAACAAUAUUUUACAAUAUAUUUUUUAACUAAGUUUUACAGAUAUGUUUUUAUCUAAACUUUUUGAUAAAUAGUAUUAUAUUUUUGACGAAAUAAAAUGAUUAAUUAUUUGUGUAAUUAUA